AUGUAUCAGAUCGGGAACAUCUAUUACAUCACAGCCAUCUCCGUCAUCGGAGGUGGCCUAUUCGGCUUUGAUAUCUCAUCGAUGUCUGCCAUCCUCGGCACCCAGCAAUACAAGUGCUACUUCAAUCAAGGCCCUCACGGACCUCCUCAAUGCUCUGGUCCACAUUCCGACACCCAGGGAGGCAUCACCGCCUCGAUGCCUGGAGGUUCAUUUGUUGGAGCUCUCGCUUCUGGCCCUAUGACUGAUAUCUUCGGCCGUAAGAGAGCCAUUCAGAUUGGUGCUGUCAUCUGGUGUAUCGGCUCCAUCCUUGUUAGCGCUUCUCAAAACAUUGGAAUGCUUGUAGUUGGCCGAUUUAUCAAUGGCUUCAGUGUCGGUAUCUGCUCCGCUCAAGUGCCGGUAUAUGUCUCAGAGCUAGCACCACCUAGCAAGCGCGGCCGAGUCGUCGGAGCUCAGCAAUGGGCUAUUACCUGGGGCAUUCUCAUAAUGUUCUACAUCAGCUACGGUUGCAGUUAUAUCGAUGGAACCGCAGCUUUCCGUGUUCCUUGGGGUUUGCAAAUGAUCCCUGCGAUUAUCCUGUUCUUCGGCCUGUUCUUCCUGCCUGAAUCGCCCAGAUGGCUUGCCCGAAAAGACCGCUGGGAGGAGUGCCAUGGCGUGUUAGCUCUCGUCCAUGGCAAGGGCAAUCGAGAGGCUCCCUUCGUCCUUCGUGAACUUCAAGAGAUCAAGGACAUGUGCGAGUUUGAGCGCAGAAAUGCCGACGUCACGUAUCUCGAACUGUUCAAACCUAAUAUGAUUAAUCGAACUCACAUUGGUGUCUUUACCCAAAUCUGGUCUCAGCUCACUGGAAUGAAUGUGAUGAUGUACUACAUUACAUACGUCUUUGGCAUGGCUGGCCUCACCGGUAAUACCAACUUGGUUGCCUCCUCGAUCCAAUAUGUCAUCAAUGUCUUCAUGACCAUCUUCGCCCUUCUGUUCAUCGAUCGCUGGGGACGUCGAUGGCCAAUGAUCAUCGGCUCUACCUUCAUGGCCACCUGGAUGUAUGCUAAUGCCGGGUUGAUGGCAACGUACGGAUCUCCUGCACCUCCGGGGGGAGUUGACCAUGUUGAAGAAGAAUCUUGGCAAAUUCAUGGAGCUCCUGCCCGAGCCGUCAUUGCCUGCACAUAUUUGUUUGUCGCUUCCUUCGCACCAUCUUGGGGACCGUGUUCAUGGAUUUAUUGCCCCGAGUUGUUCCCUCUGCGCCUCAGAGGCAAGGCUGUCGCUCUUACGACGGCUUCGAACUGGAUCUUCAAUUUUGCACUGUCGUAUUUCGUUCCUCCGGCCUUUGUCAACAUCAAGUGGAAGGUCUAUAUCGUUUUUGGUGUGUUCUGUACUGUCAUGACGGCUCACGUAUUCUUUUUCUUCCCUGAGACUGCUGGUAAGACUCUCGAGGAAGUUGAGGAGAUGUUCAUGAGUGAUAUCAAGCCAUGGCAUACUCAUGUCAACUACCAGCAUAUCUUGAAAGAGGAGCACGGUGAAAUUGACAUGGAGAAACGAUUGAGCUUUGCAGUUCGCGAUGAAAAGAAAGAAAGCGAGGGCACCCAAGUUGCUGAGCACACACAAACGGUGCAGAAGAACGAGGCUGCAUGA